AGGGCCAGGUAGCCGCGUCUUUGCCUUCGCGAAGAAAGGGGUGUAGAGAAUAUCUAAGUGGUGGCUACAGUUCCACCCCUGGUUGGGCUGCCAUGUAUCAUGGGCAAACUACUAGUAAAGGGCCAUCUAAUUCCACGCACAUUUACCAGCAACCUCCAAGGCUUCUCAUUGUGCAUAUCGCUCUACCAUCCUGGGCUGACCUCUGCUCCAACCUCUGUGAGGCUCUGCAGAACUUUUUCUCUCUAGCCUGCAGCUUGAUGGGCCCCAGCCGCAUGUCCCUCUUCAGCUUAUACGUUGUACAAAAUCAGCACGAGUGCAUCCUCCCCUUUGUGCAAGUGAAAGGGAACUUUGCUAGGCUGCAGGCCUGCAUCUCAGAACUCCGCAUGUUGCAAAGAGAAGGUUGUUUCAGACCACAAGCCACUUCUCUGCAGCUGGCAAUAAAGGAUGGGCUCCAGCAGUUUAAACAGUACAGUGGACACAUGACCACAAGUGCAGCUCUGACCUACACUUCCCUGGAGAUUACUGUUCUGACUUCACAGCCUGGAAAAGAGGUGGUCAAACAAUUGGAGGAAGGAUUGAAAGAUACAGACAUAGUCAGGGUCAGCAGGCUUCAGGUGGUUGAGAUCACAAAGGGAGUCCUAGAAUGUAUGGACUCAGCAUCCCCUGUUGAAGAGGCCAGCAACGACGAGAGUUCUAUCCUGGGAACUGAUAUUGACCUUCAGACUAUAGACAAUGAUAUUGUCAGCAUGGAGAUUUUCUUCAAAUCCUGGCUGCAUAACAGUGGAACAGACCAAGAACAUGUCCACCUUCUUCUUCCUUCACGGAGUUUCAGCAACAUUUCCAGAGCCAGAGAUAAUACAAUGUGCCUGAAAUGUGAUCUCCAAGAGCGACUUCUCAGCCCAUCCCUGCUCCCUGGAACAGCUGAUGGCUCCUUGAGAAUGGAUGACCCCAAAGGAGACUUCAGCACCCUCUACCAGAUGGUUUCCCAGUCAUCAGCCUCUCAUUACAAGCUCCGGGUGAUCAAGGCCCUAAAAUCCAGUGGGGUCUGCGAAUCAUUGACAUAUGGACUCCCCUUCAUCCUCAGACCCACAAGCUGUUGGCAGCUAGAAUGGGAUGAGCUGGAAACAAAUCAGCAGCAUUUCCAUGCUUUGUGUCACAGCCUACUGAAAAGAGAAUGGCUGCUAUUGGCCAAAGGGGAGCCCCUGAGCCAAGGACACAGCCUGAGAGAGCCCGCCAGCACCUUCUACGUGAUCCUGCCGUCUCGCUCUCCCACUCUGCUGGUGAAGGCAGUGGCCACUCGGGAACUGAUGCUGCCCAGCCCUUUCCCCCUGCUACCUGAGGACAUGCCUGAUGACAGCCGUAAGACUGUGGAGAGCAUGCUGGAUGACCUGGAGCUAGAACCCACCUACAACCCCUUGCAGGUUUGGAGCCACCUGUACUCACACCUGAGCAGCACCUUUGCCAAGCCUCAGGGCCCACUCCACCCAAGGUGGGAGAGCCGGGCUCUGAGAAAGCAUCCCCGCAAGGCUGGGCCCCUGCAAACAUAUCGAGUUCGAGCCACAGUGGCCCCUUUGCCUAUGACUCCAGCCCCUGGCAGAGCCCCCAAGAUACCAGCAGCCAGCAAAGCUUCCUCAGAUGUCUUCUUCCAGCCUUCCAUGGAGGAGGAGGAGGAGGAGGAGGCAGAUGAGGAGUAUCCCUCAGGGCCCUAAUAAGUCACCAGCACCACAGCCCAGCUGCACUGUGCAAGCACAUCCAUGCCAAGGCUCACACCAUGGCUUUCUGUGGACAGACUUGCCUCCUAUCCACCUAAGCCUCUGUGAGCUCCAGGUGGCUGGGAAACAGAGCCUUCCCCUCCUCUGUCCUCAGUGCUGCCACUGCCCCACUCUUCAGGCUGGGAAGAGACACACCGACCCUUUUCCUUCGCCAAGCAGGGACUCAUUUUUCUUUUGGAUCAUUUGAUACUGUUAACACAAAUGAAGAUUAAAUAACCAGUAAGUCUCCACCAUUGUUAGGAGC